CAAACCGAACAUGAUAGGAUGGAGAGGGCCCCAGAGAAAGACUCGUAGCCAAGCAUUGGAUACUGCCGGCAAUUUACGCAACCUGAAUGUCAAGUUGCACCCUAUAUGCGCGAUCGACGUGAAAUGUAAUGUACCUCCUAUUGCUAAUGGCCAGGCUAGCCUGAGAGAAGUACUCUUCACACGCCCUGUAACCUAUACAUGCAUAGCCGGUCGGAGAAUUGAGGGCGAUGCGGCUCCAACGUGCAAGAGUGAUGGAACCCUUACUUCAGUCCCUCGCUGUAUAGAGUUUGUAUGUUCGCCCGAGAGAUUGGAAUUUGGCAUGGUAAAUGCUUCGGUCAUAAAAUAUCUUGAAGUGGCUAAGUAUUCAUGUCAAAGCGGUUACGUUAUAGUUGGAAAUCCUCUGGUAACAUGCAAUGGUUAUCAGUCAUUGAGCCCAGUCCUGUCAUCCUGUCACAGUUCAGUUCCAUUUUCAAACCUGAUCGAACAUCGUUACUGCCAAGCUAGUCAAUCCAUAAUUGCAUCAUCACGCAUUCCACUUCUUCGUGAUGACGCACGUCAACUUUGCCGACUAUAUAAAGGAAAGUUGAUGACGUUGAGAUCCAAGGCUGGAAGAUGCCAUUUACGUCGCUUUGCUUUGGCCAUCCAUUCGUGGCUAGGGGGUUCCACUACAUACAAAGAUAUAAAUGAGAAGGAUGUUAGACCAAGUGACAAGUUUUUUGCUACGUGUGAAAUUCGUAAGUCAACCAGAACGUUUGUGGACUCUAACUCAUGA